AUGCAAGUCAAAGUGAAAACUCUAACAGGAAGAGACAUCCCCGUAGAUGUUGAGCCUACAGACAAAGUCAUUCGUAUCAAGGAAAUGAUGGAAGAAAAAGAGGGGAUUCCUCCAGCCCAGCAGAGGUUGAUUUUCAACGGAUCGCAACUUGACGACGAGAUCACCAUUGAAGCCUCUGGAAUACAGCCAGGUACAUCUUUGCACUUGGUGUUGACUUUGCGUGGUGGAAGAUAA